GGAAGCCUGGGGGAAGUGAGCAAGCCUCGUCAUGCGGCCGGUGGCUCCUCCUGCCCCAUUGCCUGCUGCGCCUCUCUUAAAGAAGCCCGGCUCCUGCUCUGGUAUUCGUUGAAAAGCCACCUCUCCAUCUCGGAUGGUGGGGCGUCCUUAAGAGGGAACCAUUGAAAUCUGAGCCAGCUUUUCUACUCCACUGAGCUGCUUUCUUUAAAAAAAAGGCUGCUGAGGCUGCACUUCAUCAGAACGGGGGAUCCCAGGAGGGACCUUCAUUUCUGAGGCCUCUCUAGGUCUCCCACAUGCCUCUUCUUCUUCUUCUUCUUCUUCAUCCUCAUGAUGAGUCAAGGCUGAGACCAUCCUAAGAGCGAGAGGCAGGGCCAGUCGGAGGACAUACCUGCAGGAGAAGUUGGGAGCCGUGACUGCGCCUCCUCCUUGCCUCCUCCUCCUUUCCCGCUGCCGGAGCCAGGGGGGGAAAGAAGCAAGAGAGAGAGAGAGAGAGAGAGGAACUGAGUCUCAGCCUGACAGCCCAGGAUGUGUCAGUCAAGCGCCCUGCAGGGACCAGAGCUGCACUCAGGGAAAUGGUGAGAUGCUGCAAAGCUUUACCUAACCCUCCUCCCUCUUGCUGCAACCUCCACAAAGUUAAAAUCCAUGUCCGGAGGCUGCGCUCAGAAAACGGUGGCGGUGGCGGCGGCGGCGGUGCUGGGGAGCAGCACCCACAGCUGGAAAGCCCGGUCCCAGCUGGGAGCACCCCAAAUAGGAAAGCCCGUUUCAGGUUGCAAUUUCCCCAGCUGGCCCUGAGGCGGAGGUUGGGCCAGCUGAGCUGUAUGUCUAGGCCUGCUCUGAAACUCCGUUCUUGGCCUCUGACUAUUCUCUAUUAUCUCCUGCCUUUCGGUGCUCUUAAACCUUUGACCAGAGUGAGAUGGAGGCCUGUGAGCCGGGUCUCUCUGUACAAGUCAGUGCCAACCCGCCUGCUCUCCCGUGCGUGGGGCCGGCUGAACAAUGUGGAGCUGCCCACCUGGCUGCGGAAGCCCGUCCUCAGCCUCUACAUCUGGACCUUUGGGGUGAACAUGAAGGAGGCGGCCGUGGAGGACCUCCAUCACUACCGGAACCUGAGUGAAUUUUUCCGACGGAAGCUGAAACCCCAGGCGCGGCCCGUCUGCGACCGGCACAGCGUGAUCAGUCCUUCGGAUGGAAAGAUCCUCAGUUUUGGACAAGUGAAGAACUGUGAAGUGGAACAAGUAAAAGGCAUCACUUACUCUCUAGAGUCCUUCCUGGGUCCCCAUGCCAGUCACGACAACUGCCAAAAUAAUCCAACUUCCUGUUGCGAGUCCUUCCAAAAACAGUUGGUCACAAAAGACAACAACGAGCUCUUCCAUUGUGUGAUUUACCUGGCCCCAGGAGACUACCACUGCUUCCACUCACCCACCGACUGGAAGGUCUCUCAUCGCCGUCACUUCCCAGGUGCCCUGAUGUCUGUGAACCCUGGCGUAGCACGUUGGAUCAAAGAACUCUUCUGCCAUAACGAGCGGGUCGUCCUCUCGGGCUACUGGAAACACGGCUUCUUUUCCUUGACAGCAGUAGGAGCUCAGAAUGUGGGAUCCAUCCGCAUUUACUGCGAUCAGAAGCUGCAGACCAACAGCCCUCACUACAGCAAAGGAUCCUUCAAUGAUUUCAGCUUUGUAACCACCAAGGACCACGAAGGCAUUCCAAUGAGGAAAGGAGAACAUUUAGGCGAAUUUAAUUUAGGCUCAACAAUUGUUCUAAUCUUUGAGGCACCCAAAGAUUUCAACUUCUACUUGAAGCCUGGCCAGAAGAUCCGCUUUGGGGAGGCUUUGGGGUCCCUCUAAGGUCUCGGUGGUCAGAGGGGAGGGGCUUUUCUAUGGAUAGGGACUCCGUUCAUACAAGGAAGCCGUUCGGUAUGGUGGAGUAUUGCUCAGCAGGACCUGAGUGAAGAGAACGAGUCCUUAGUCUUAACCUGGGGGUGCCAGGCUAGUCUCAUCGUGAGGGUUGCAGAUUGAUCGGGGACCGUGGCCCUGAAGAAUGUGGAUCGGGUGCUUUUCUUCCCUCCGGGCUCUGGAAGGAUGGCAGCUUCUUCCCCUUGCUCCACCUGCAGCUUGCCUUUGCACCACUCCUCAAGCUUUGCCCUGAGAUGCCAUAAGCUCUGCGGUCAAGAGGAAGAGGAAAGGCAGAAGGAAGCUCUCUUCUUUAAAGGGACAGGAUCCAACUGGCCUCAUUCAAUUGAGGUUACACACACCAGUUUUUCAGUCCAAUCCUAGAGAAGGGGGAGGGCUAAACAGAAAAAAAAAAUGCAGCUUGAAAUCCAAUUAAGAAACCUGCUAAAAAUCUAGUUCUCUCCCUUUAAAGGAGAGGUUUGCGCUGUCUUUGAGCCUCCAACAUCCAGUCCGUGUUCAGCAUUUCACUUGAUGUUGCUUUGGAUUGGAGGAGCCCAGCUGGCCUCUUCCUCUAGCUUCCUCCAACUUCUAAAACUCUCUUGCCAUGCUGGGCCUUCACUUUUUCUGUGUUGCACGGGGGAUAUCAGAUUUCCUUUCUUGAACCUGGCUUGCCAAAACACACACCAGUCCCAUCACAAGGGAUGAGAGUUUGCUUCUCUUCCCACUGUGCAGGGAAGUGGCACGGUGGACUCUGCCCAGCACCACUUAAAAAACAUCAUUAGGAAUAUUAAAUCAUUCUCAUCUUUUCUCCUGUGCAUUAACUUCUAAUUCUCUGCUGGAGCUAGUUAAGGCUGAGGAGGAAGCUGAAUUGAACACAAUAAAUUCUCCAGGUUGCCCUAAAAUAUUAUUUAUAGGCUUCAGACUUUGGAGUUAUGCCACACACCCCGCCCCAAAUGGUCUCUUUGUUUUAAUGGCCAGUAGUUUUAGGAGACACCCAGGCUGUAGAUAAAUGUAGAACAGGGCUUGAUCAGACCCGUGUCCUGUGUGUGUGAUGCUGCUUUAUCUAUGAUAAGAGCCUUUUUCUGUGGCUGUGAGGGAUGAGAGGCAGAAAGUGGUCCUUUGUGAUGGCUGGUCCCUCCCUCACUUCCCCCCCAAAUGCAGAAGUGAAGUCCUUAGCCAGAAAACAGCUCUUUAAUCCUCCAAAAUCAGCCUGUGCUCUGCUGCCAUCCGGCCCAGGGAAGACAUAAGGAGACCCACGGCAGACAGCUGUGCCUUGCCCUAUUCGUGGAGAGGAAUUACUUGCUUCUCUUUGCUUGCAUUGCAGUUCGACUCUGAGCCUCCCGUUUUCUUGUUGCUCGAAUUCUGCUGUAGAGGAGCCCCUUCAGCGGGUCUCCGUCAGAAGGCGGUUCUGGGCCAGGUCCUGUGAAGCGGUGGGCUCAGGGGGUCACCCAAACUCUAACCAGACGAGUGGGUUUCUUGGUGACGCUGUGAAUUUCUCCAACAUGGAGAAUCCUUUUAUUUUUCAACUGUAUCAGUAGCACAGUAUUUUUGUAUGUCAAAAUGUACAACUUAAGACAUUAACUCAUUAAUGGCAAAUGUUUUAAAGUAAAAAUAAGAACUGACCAUG